AUGUGGCAGAUUUCAGAAUCGGCUGAUCUGAUCUGCGAUAUCGAAUAUCGAUCGCUCGAGUUCUUCCAACUCCAUACUACGCAAUGUUUUGGAGCCGAUAUUGGCUCUUUUUUGCUUCGGGCAGCGUACCACGAACCAAUCAUUAGGACCAUUGCUGUCGCUAUCGGAUCUCUUCAUCGGUCUUUUGUUUUCGAACAAAGGGGUCUUUUGACUAAAAGCGAAGACACGCACUUCACACUACUUCACUACACUAAAGCGAUCCGGCAAUUAGUUGCCGUCCACCCUCAAAUCUCUCCCCAAACCAAUGACACUUUCCUCAUCGCUUGUAUCCUCUUUUUCUGCUUCGAGUGUCUACAGGGCCAUUACAGGUCUGCUUUCCGACAUGCUACAUCUGGUCUCAAGAUUAUCAGCCAACAGCGAAGCUUGCCGAGCGACACUGCACUGCGCAUGUACAUGCCACCUGAAACGAUAACGUUGCUUUUUAGCAUUUUAGAGAACCAAAUCCUGGAGAUAGAGGGUGACGAAUUGCUCAGCCUUGAAGACCGACCGAGAUUACUGUCAACUUUUUCGGAUCCUAUCAUUAACCUAUUACAACCAUCUUCAACUGUCGACGACAUUCUUAGAUCCUUUCAAAUACUGUACAAUCGCUUUGUGCGCUUUGAAUCCGUCUGUGAAAUGCUGGUAGAACAACUCGAAAACCAACCCUUUGAAUUUCUUGCUCAAGUCAGACACAUUCAGAUGGAAUACGUCCGAAUUCGCAACGACAUGCAGAGCUGGAUGGACAUCUUUGAGAAGUGGCUCAGGGAGUCAUGCACAAUCGAGAAUGACGCUCGUGUCAUAACGAUGAAAGUUUGGAGAUUGGUCAUGUGUUUAUUUCUCGAUUUGGAAUGGCCACCAUCUGAAUUGACUUGGGACAAAUAUACGGAGACAUUUAUCGCUAUCAACUCUCUUGUUGCGGAUAUGCUGGGGGUUCCAUCCUACAGCCUGACCUCUUGCAACAGCUCGCCUGGCCCUCAGACACCAGAUGGGUCAGCAUCUGCAGUAGGUGGGGAAACGGCAUCCUUUCUUCCUCUUCGGCCUAAACCUUCAAAAACGAUCGCGCCUACCUUUUCUCUAUCUUUAGGUGUUGUCACGCCUCUUUAUCUAUGUGCCACUCGUUGUCGGGACUCAGCUACUCGACACUACGCUAUCGAUCUGAUGGCUUACUCACAACGUCGUGAGGGACUAUGGGACGCAGAGCUGGCAGGUCGCAUCGCAAAGCGUAUAGUCACGAUUGAAGAAACCGGUGCCGGAAUCGCACCCGGAACUGAAUACGGACCCGAGGAAAUUAAACUAUCUGCACGCGUCAGAUCAUUAUCGCCUUCUUUUGGGGAGGGAAGAGUGGCAAAGAUAAGGUACAAUCGGGUUAGUGGUGAUACUGGUCUUGUGGAAGAAGUUUUUACUUGGUAG